AGACGAGGGAAGUCCGAGCAGAUACCAAUCGAGGUGUGACGUCUCUUGGCAUGGCCUACCAAGAGAUACAAGAUUUCGGCGAUCGAGUUGGACAAAUGAAGAGGCCUUGGUCAGUACUCAGUCUUGGUGGAACUGUGUGCGGAUCAAGUAGUGCCAUGAUCAGCUCUGGUGGGAUCACCACGUGCUUGUUGCUAGUAGCAGCCUCGCUAUCGAUUGUUUCUUGCGAGAAAUAUAGAAUAUGUGUGGUUGAUGGGAAAGGACACUUUAAGAAGUCCUACAGGUAUUGCCCAAACUUAGAUAAAGCACCCGAUAGCAAGGUAGAAUGCGUUGUAGCACCAGACAGGACUGACUGUCUAAGAAGAAUACAGAAAGGAACAGCAGAUUUCUCAGUGUUCUCUCCAGAAGAUUUAAUAACUGCUUCCAAUGAAGGAAUACAGCUAUUGGUUACCAACGAACUGAGGUCUUUCAAUUCUGAAGAGAAUGAAUACGAGGUAGUGGCAGUCAUAGAAAAUACAUCCGGUAUAACGACCAGACACGACCUAAAAGGCAAACGAUACUGUCAUCCUGGCUAUGGAUACUUGAAUGACUGGACCAGAAUUUUGUCCAAUUUUUUCGAAGCUACGGUAGUAUCGCCAUCUUGCGAACCAAAACUCACUCUAACCGAAAAUAGAGUUAAAGCUGCAGCAGAAUUCUUCAAAUCAGCCUGCAAAGCUGGGCCUUGGGUAGAAAAUCCAAUUCUGGAUUACAAUCUGAAAAAGAAGUACCCAUCGCUGUGCGAACUAUGCGGCAACCCCGCGAGCUGUUCCACCCAAGACAAGUACUGGGGCAGAAGGGGUUCCCUGCUCUGCCUUACCGACGGAGCUGGGGACGUCAGCUGGGCUCGCUUGGAUGACGUCAGGCAGCAUUUUGGAUUGGCCCCAGGGGGGGGCAGAAGCGGCCCCAGACAGGUACAGCUUCCUGUGUCCGGACGACACCACCAGGCCCCUGAACAGCUCGACGCCCUGUGUGUGGGUGGUGAAACCUUGGCCGGUGGUGGCAUCUGGCAGGAGCAAGGCCAACGAGGUGCAGCAGCUGGUGUCGAGCCUGUGCCACAAGGACCACGACACGUGGCGGUUCAGCCUGCUCAACCUGAUACAGACCUCGUACUCGACGUUGUAUCAGACGCCGAGCGUCGAACCCAUCGAGAGUUAUUUGGACCGAGCAGAAGGUUUCCUGAGUGCCAACAGUUUUUCCGGCUGCCAUCCCCCUAGAACCAUCCGCAUUUGCACCACAUCCAUCAUCGAAACUGCCAAAUGCUCCUGGCUGCGAGAAUCGGCCGCCGUGUACGGCAUAGAGCCGGACCUGGACUGCAUCAAGGCCGACAACACCAGCCACUGCAUGCUGGCCCUCAACAUGGGCGCCGCCGAUAUCGUUAUGGUGCCCUCUGACGUCAUUUACGCCGCGCGGGAAAAAUUCAAUUUGAAAACGCUUUUCUACGAAACGGUGCUGGACACAGAAAAGUACCUUACAGUGGCUGUUACGCGACCUGGUUCUGAUAUUAAGAGCCUUGAAGACCUCAGGGGCGCGAAGGCUUGCUUCCCCAAGUACGACGGGGUGGCUUGGAACACGAUGAAGCAGCACCUUUUCGCCAUCGGAGCCAUCGAGAGCUGCCCUCUGGACGGGGGGAUGGCGGAGUUCUUCGGGCCCAGCUGCGUCCCCGCGUUUCCCGAUGAAUUGGGGGGUGGGCGGAUGAAGGAGAAGUGCCAGGGGGACGGUUUCGAUGGGGAGUUCGGGGCGCUGCAUUGCUUGUCCAGCGAAGUGGGGGACGUGGCAUUCGUGUCCGAGAAUUCCAUCAGGAAGUUCGUUGCAGAUGAAAGUGAGGGUAAUCCAGGCAGCAGAUUGUCCAUAAACGAUUUCGAAAUUCUUUGCGAGGGCAACUCAAAAUCUUGCCACCUAAGUUGGGCCACCGUUGGUCAAGCGAUGGUCCGCGGUAAUUCCAGCGAUCUCUGGAUGAAAGACACUCUGGAUGUUUUCCUGCAACUGGACCAACUUUUCGGCAGGAAUUACCAGUCUCUCACUACGCCAUUCACGAUGUACGGUCGCUACAACGGGAAACCCGAUUUGCUGUUUCACGAUGAGACUCAGAAUCUGAGGGACGUACCUUUUUUCAAAAACACCGAUCAAAUGCCGAGAUUUUUCAACAAUACCUUCGACAUUGAUCAGCGUUGUAAAAAAUCAUCUAGUACUAGUUAUAGAGCAUCCCAACUCAUCCUCAUUUCAGCCAUUUUAUUUUAUUAUUUUGUAUGAAUGUAUCUUUUUUUUGUGUCACCCAGCACUGAAAUAAACUGUGAUAUACCCUGUAUGUUUAAUAAAACUAUUUUAUCG